AUGGACAGCACUUCAGAGCAGGCAGAUAGACACAACACUUCAGAGCAGACAGGUAGGGACAGCACUUCAGAGCAGGCAGAUAGACACAACACUUCAGAGCAGACAGGUAGGGACAGCACUUCAGAGCAGGCAGAUAGGGACAGCACUUCAGAGCAGGCAGAUAGACACAACACUUCAGAGCAGGCAGGCAACCCGUCUACAGGCAGCCCGUCCACAGCCAACCCGUCCACAGCCAACCCGUCCACAGCCAACCCGUCCACAGGCAACCCGUCUACAGGCAACCCGUCCACAGCCAACCCGUCCACAGCCAACCCGUCCACAGGCAACCCGUCUACAGGCAACCCGUCCACAGCCAACCCGUCCACAGCCAACCCGUCCACAGCCAACCCGUCCACAGGCAACCCGUCUACAGGCAACCCGUCCACAGCCAACCCGUCCACAGGCAACCCGUCUACAGGCAACCCGUCCACAGGCAACCUGUCCACAGGCAACCCGUCCACAGGCAACCCGUCUACAGGCAACCCGUCCACAGCCAACCCGUCCACAGGCAACCCGUCUACAGGCAACCCGUCCACAGGCAACCUGUCCACAGGCAACCCGUCCACAGGCAACCUGUCCACAGGCAUCCCGUCCGCAGGCAUCCCGUCCACAGGCAACCCAUCCUCAGGCAACCCGUUCGCAGGCAACCCGUCCACAGGCAACCCGUCCGCAGGCAACCUGUCCACAGGCAACCCGUCCACAGGCAACCCGUCCGCAGGCAACCCGUCCUCAGGCAACCUGUCCACAGGCAACCCGUCCACAGGCAUCCCGUCCGCAGGCAACCCGUCCACGGGCAACCCGUCCGCAGGCAACCUGUCCACAGUAUAUCCUGCCGUGCCUUCUAGUAUAUCCUUCCGUGCCUUCUGGUAUAUCCUGCCGUGCCUUCUAGUAAAUCCUGCCGUGCCUUCUAGUAAAUCCUUCCGUGCCUUCUAG